AUGGAGCCAUUACAAUCCUUCCACUUAGCAACUGCGUAUGCGCCACUCACGAAGAAUUCCGCCUUCAAUCCCAAUCUAAUCCCGUUGGCUGGUGCCCCUGAUACCCUGGCUUUCUGCCACGUCUUGCAGCAUUAUAUUGCCUACCAAAACAACAAUGGUGCCUUUCGGUAUCAAUAUGACUCAGUCAUCUUUUCCCAGUGCUUCUAUCCGCAAGAAGCUGUAUGCGCUGCUGAUUCUGACAAAGUGACCAUCCAGAUGCUAUUCGACGAGGAAGCGACAAGAGUUGAGAAGCUCAACUUGCAUAUAGAUCUGUCAUCCGCAAGUGUGGAGGCUUUUCUGCGGUCUGGAAAUCGCGUUGAAUUCAAGCGACUGUCUGUUUUUGUCGUCGAACUCAACAUCGGCUCAGGGUCGCUGGCCCUAUCGUCAAGAGACUCGACCGCCGGUUGCAUAAACCACGUCCGGUUGCAGACGAGAAUUGCUCGAAAGUCUGCAUAUGUCGAGUUCGUUGCCAGAGCUGCAGCGGCGGACGUUCUAUCAAGCUGUUCUGAUACUCUCUUCCCAAGGUCUCUUGAUUGUGGCAAGGCGAUCCUCGAAAAUCUUGGAUACAUCAGUCGGGAACGUCUUCCAAUCCUUGAUAUCUCGGAUGCUUCUAAACUCAAAUGA